GGUGGGUGAUAGAGUAGAGUAAAUGAGCACAGUUUGAAAAGCUCUUGCACAGAGAGACCGGAGCACAGCAAAGGGGCUCUCAGCUUCAUUGACGUUGCUGCCAGCUAGGCAGCAGAAGGGAAAGAGAUACAUUGAGGGAGAAGUAAACACAGGCUGUUGGCAAGGGACGUGUACACUGACGGAUGAAGGUAGCUGACCAGCUUCUCUGGGUACCGCUGAUGAUGCAAUCUUGCUUUGCCUGAAGAUGGAAACACUUGAAUCUGAAUUAACCUGCCCAAUUUGUCUAGAGCUAUUUGAAGAUCCUCUGCUGUUACCGUGUGCCCACAGCUUGUGCUUCAACUGUGCCCAUCGGAUCCUCGUCUCUCACUGCACCUCCAACGAGACAAUCCAAUCGAUUGCUGCCUUCCAGUGCCCGACCUGCCGGUAUGUUAUAUCUCUGAAUCACCGCGGCUUGGAGGGGUUGAAGCGGAAUGUAACACUGCAAAACAUCAUUGAUCGCUUUCAGAAAGCCUCACUGAGCGGACCGAACUCCCCCAGUGAAUGUCGCCGUGAGCGAUCCUACAAGGAUCCUGUCACCAUGUCCUCCGAGAAAGUCCAGUGCCAGUUCUGCGAGCAAGAACCACCGCGGGAUGCCAUCAAGACCUGUGUGACCUGCGAGGUUUCCUACUGUGACCGGUGCCUCAGGGCCACCCACCCGAACAAGAAGCCGUUCACCAGCCACCGGCUGAUUGAGCCCAUUCCGGACUCUCAUCUCCGUGGACUAAUGUGUCUGGAACAUGAAGAUGAAAAGGUGAAUAUGUACUGUGUCACGGAUGAUCAGCUGAUCUGUGCCUUAUGCAAACUUGUAGGACGUCAUCGGGAGCACCAGGUUUCCUCACUGAGCGAUAGAUAUGACAAACUGAAGCAAGCAUUGGAGGCUAACCUUACAAAUCUGGUGAAGAGGAACACUGAGCUGGAGUCACAGAUGGGCAGACUCAUUCAAAUCUGCCAACAGGUGGAGGUAAACACUGCAAUACAAGAGAGCAAACUGAAAGAGGAAUGCGAUGAGCUGAUGGACAUUAUUAGGCAAAGGAAGCAGAUCAUUGCUGUGAAAAUCAAAGAGGGAAAGGUUAUGAAGUUGAGAAAACUAGCACAGCAGAUAGCAAAUUGUCGACAAUGCUUGGAGCGGUCAGGGUCUCUCAUCAGUCAAGCGGAACACAGCCUGAAGGAGAAUGAUCAUGCACGUUUUUUGCAAACGGCCAAAAAUGUAACGGAAAGGGUCGCUAUGGCAACAGCAUCUUCUCAAGUCCUGAUCCCAGACAUCAAUUUGAAUGAGGCCUUUGAAAAUUUUACCUUAGAUUUUUCAAGAGAGAAGAAAUUACUCGAAAGCCUGGACUAUCUUACAGCCCCAAACCCUCCAAGCAUUCGAGAAGAGCUCUGCACAGCAUCUCAUGACACCAUCACUGUUCAUUGGACCUCGGAAGAUGAAUUCAGCAUUGUUUCCUAUGAGCUGCAGUAUACUAUCUUCACAGGACAAGCAAACUUUAUCAGUUUGUACAACUCCAUUGAUAGUUGGAUGAUUGUUCCCAACAUCAAGCAAAACCAUUACACUGUGCAUGGACUACAGUCUGGGACCAGAUAUAUCUUUAUUGUGAAGGCAAUUAACCAGGCUGGCAGUCGCAUCAGUGAACCGGCUAGACUGAAGACUAAUAGUCAACCAUUCAAACUGGAUCCCAAAACUGCUCACAAGAAGUUGAAGCUGUCCAAUGAUGGCCUGGCUAUGGAACGGGAUGAGAAUUCCAUGAAGAAAAGCCAUACCCCCGAGCGGUUUGGCAGCCAAGGGAGCUACGGGGCAUUGGGGAAUGUAUUCAUCGACAGUGGCUGCCAUUACUGGGAGGUCCUACUUGGUGGAUGCACAUGGUAUUCCAUUGGCAUUUCCUAUAAAUCAGCCCCGAAGAAUGAGUGGAAUGGAAAGAAUUCAUCCUCUUGGGUAUUCUCGCGCUGCAAUAACAACUUUGCUGUCAGGCACAGUGGCAAAGAGAUGUCAGUGGAUGCUAGCCAUCAGCUGCGGAGGCUUGGUGUCCUCCUAGACUAUGAUGGUAACACACUAUCAUUCUACGAUGCCAUGAACACGCAUCACCUGCACACAUUUGACAUUUCUUUUGCUCUACCUGUGUGCCCCACAUUUACAAUCUGGAACAAAUCAUUAAUGAUCCUGUCAGGGCUCCCUGUCCCGGACCCAUUAGACUGCUUGGAGCAGCAGCAGGAGUGCAUUUGUAGACCCCAGGAAUCUCCUUACAUGACAGGGAUAAAAGUCAGUCAAUAAAGGCCAGACUGAAAUGGAGCCCUGACCCAUCCACUAUUCCCCUCCACCCCAAAAAUUACAUUAUCCCAGGCAGGGCUAGACUAUGCAUCGUGCCCCCUCAAGAUAGCACAAGAGCCGCCUUACACAGAAUGACUACUAUUAUAUGAAUUUAUAAAUUAUUUAUGAUAAAUAUGUUCACAGAUUAUCAUUGGAGAGAGAUUGUAUUCCAAAUGCACUUUCAAGACAUGCUUUUAGAUUAUGGAAAGCUGUUUUUAAUAUGUCAAAGCUGGAAGAAGAUAUAUUAAGUAGAUCUGAAGAUGUGGCUUCUUCAAUUUCUAGAAACUCGUGUAUUGUACACUAGACACACCUAACUACGAGAGUCUGAAACAAAUUGUUGUUCUUGUUUGCUGAGAGAAUCAUCUGCACCACAGAGAAGAGAGCUUCUCACAGUGAAAGGAGAAUGAUUCCACCCUUCAUGUGUCACUUAACAGUACUGCAGUCACCAUGAAGGGAUCAUCAGGAGUUGCUGUAAGGUGACAGACAAGGUGUACAGAGAACAGAGACAGCAAGCAUGUUUAGACAGUGCCUCAAAGCAGAACCUAAUUCCAUCAAGAAAUUUGUCCUGAUAUAUUCAUGGAUUCAUUAUAUUGUCAACUUUGUUGGUAUUGUUUGUGAAUGAAGAAAAUUCCAUUCAAGGAUGUGUAUAAGAUCCAUGCUGUUGAUAUAUGGAACUUUAACUGGUCUGUGUAAUGUUAAAACGUUAAAAAUGGUAUAAAUAUUUAAUGACAAACUGGUUGUUUGUACUUCACCCAAUUUGAAAAGAGGGAUUAUUUUCCUAGCUGUUGUUAUUUUUGAAAAUGGAAGAAAUUUCAUUGCAACUAGGUAUGAUUCUAGUUUAAAAUGUAAAGGAAUGUAUUAAAGGGUGGAGUCUGCAAAAUUCAGAUACUCGUGAGGGGGAAAUCAGCAAUCAAAAUCCAACAGCCUGGCAUCCAGACCUCCAAGGAACACAAACAUCUUUCCAAUUUAGCAAAAUCUUCUCCUUCCCUCCACAUUCACAUCACAAGGGAACACAUCGGUAUUCACCUCCACAUCAUCAGGGAUCCAAGCACAAGCACCCAUGCCCUGUAGAUUUCUAACUAUCAACUGGGGAAAACAAGAUAUGUCCUCCAACUUAGAUUUUUAGGAAAGCCAAGUGCUUACUGUACUGCUAAACUACUAAAGAUAAAACCAUAAAUACAUACUGUGUAUGUAAACAUACCAGAGUCAAACAGUGAUCAGUGCUUCCCACCCUAGUAUACAAGGAAUGAAACAUAAAAUUCAUUUUAGCUUAAGAAUGUUAGCAUGACAUUGGUAUACAUCUAGUAGCCAUGCAAGUGCAGAGGCACAAAUGCUCCCAUGUAUCUAACAUGCCAUAGAAGCAGAAAUAGAAAAUGGAGGCUAAUGGAUGGAAAUGAUUUGUUCUUCUGGUUACUGUGCUCAUAAUUGAAAAACGAAAUUAAAAUGAGUCUACCCAGUUCCAAAGUACCUAAAUAAAAAAUAAAAUCAUGGCUUGG